UAAACCCGGCUGCCUUUAAGACCCAGUAGCUCCCUGGGCCUAGCAAUCCACCCUCCCUGCCUGCCUCCUGCAGAGAACAAGCUAGAGCAUACACUAGCGCAGUGCUACCUCUCUCUGCUCUCAGCUGAUGCACUCACAGCACAGACAGCAGACCAACCCUGCCUGUAGUUUCUUUCUCUGCUCUGUUUUUCCUUCUCUCUCCAUUCAUCCUCCUCUCCUCCAGGGCCCGGCGUCUACUCUGAAGUCUGCAGUCGGAGGCUGAGGCUGUCUUUCCUGUCAGUGCAGAGCGCCGUCUGUGAGCCCAGACAGCGAGCCAGGAUAUACAUCUCUCUCUCCCUCCUCUCUCCUGACCAGACAGGGAGGAAAUCAGCAGGACCAACGAGGAGUAGGGAAGUUGUCCCUGGGCUGUGGCUGUGUGGACUAGAGGGGGUCGAGGCCUAUAGAAGAGAGGCGACCUAGAGGAUUAUCGAGAGAGAGACUCUCUAGAAGCAUCACUGAACCCCCCCCCCCUCCACACCGGCAAUACCUCCCCCCCACACCGACGACGUCACCUUCUCCUCCUCAUUGUUAUAAGAGCAGACAGGCCAGUGUGGAGCCUGGCAAAGACUGGAGAAUCAGCAUGUCGUCUCAGACUACUAGGAGGAAUGUACACACCCGGACCACCAGUAGUGGCAGCAGCAGGAUGAGUUCAGACGGGGGUGGCCGGCCGGCCAAGGUGGGUUCCCGGGUGGAGGUGAUUGGCAAGGGGCACCGCGGAACAGUGGCAUAUAUCGGUGCAACGCUCUUCUCCACAGGGAAGUGGGUGGGAGUGAUCCUCGACGAGUCGAAGGGGAAGAACGAUGGCACAGUCCAGGGGAAGAGAUACUUCACCUGCCAUGAGAACCAUGGCAUCUUCGUACGGCAGUCACAGAUCCAACUGGUUGAUGAUGGAGCAGACACCACCUCUCCUGACACCCCAGAACCGGCCUCCAACAAGGUCCCCAAACACGAGAUCCUGGAGACACUCAAGUCCGCUAAACUGCAGCGAGGACCCAAGCCCAAAAAGGUGGUGCACGCUUCUCGAACCUCCUCGACUCCUGCCCCCAGGAAGACUACGGCCAGAAGGCCCAAGCCCAGCCGUCCUGCGGGAACCGGAGCCUCUAAGGCGGGGCCCUCUGGGUCUGUGUCUGCCUCGGCUGGAGAGAUGAGCAGCAGCGAGCCUUCCACCCCGGCACAGACCCCCCUGGGGGCCCCCAUCAUCCCCUCACCCGGGGGGCUCCUCUCCCCUUCAGCCCCCCCACCUCCACUCCCCAGCAAGGAGGAAGUCGCUAUGGCAACUCAGGAGGAGGAGUCUCUGCGAGGUCAGGUGAAGGAUCUGGAGGAAAAGUUAGAGACUCUGAGGAUGAAGAGGACAGAGGACAAGGUCAAGCUGAAGGAGCUGGAGAAACAUAAGAUCCAGCUGGAGCAGCUCCAGGAAUGGAAGACCAAGAUGCAGGAGCAGCAGAACGACCUGACAAAACAACUCAAAGAGGCCAAGAAGGAGGCGAAGGAGGCCCAGGAGGCGAAGGAGCACUACAUGGAGGAGAUGGCGGACACGGCUGACGCUAUAGAGAUGGCCACGCUGGACAAGGAGAUGGCUGAGGAGCGGGCAGAGUCCCUGCAGCAGGAGGUGGAGUCUCUGAAGGAGAAACUGGAAGAGCUCGUCAUGGACCUGGAGAUCCUCAAACACGAGCUAGAGGAGAAAGGUUCAGACGGUGCUGCUUCCAGUUACCAUGUGAAACAGCUGGAGGAGCAGAACGGCAGGCUGAAGGAAGCUCUCGUCAGGAUGCGUGACCUGUCUGUGUCGGAGAAGCAGGAACACGCGAAGGUCCAGAAGCAGACAGAGAGGAAGAGCACAGAGCUGGACACCCUGAGGACUCAGAGAGAGAAACUCCAGGAGGAGAUGAAACUGGCCGAGAAGACCAUCGAUGAACUCAAAGAACAGGUAGAUGGGGCACUAGGAGCUGAGGAGAUGGUGGAGACUCUGACAGAGAGGAAUCUAGACCUGGAGGAGAAAGUCAGAGAGCUGAGAGAGACCGUCGUUGAUCUGGAAGCCAUCAACGAAAUGAAUGACGAACUCCAGGAGAACGCCAGAGAGACAGAGCUGGAGCUCAGAGAGAUGCUGGAUCUGGGCGGGGGCAGGGUCAGGGAGGCGGAGAAACGGGUGGAAGCUGCUCAGGAGACCGUAGCUGACUAUCAACAGACCAUCAAGAAGUACCGUGAGCUGACCGCUCACCUGCAGGAGGUGAACAGAGAGCUGACCAGCCAGCAGGAAGCCACAGCUGAGCAGCAGCAGCAGCCUCCACCUGAGAUGUUUGACUUCAAGAUCAAGUUUGCUGAGACUAAGGCCUAUGCCAAGGCCAUAGAGAUGGAGCUGAGGAAGAUGGAAGUGGGCCAGGCCAACAGACAGGUGUCUCUCCUCACAUCCUUCAUGCCCGACUCCUUCCUGCGUCAUGGAGGAGACCACGACUGUAUCCUGGUGCUUCUGCUCAUACCAAGACUAAUCUUCAAGGCGGAGCUGAUCAGUAAGCAGGCCCAGGAGAAGUUUGAUCUGAAUGACAACUGUGUGGAGAGGAGCGGGAUGAGAGGAGCGGCUGGGGAACAGCUGAGCUUUGCUGCAGGACUCGUCUACUCUCUCAGUCUGCUACAGGCUACACUACAUAAAUACGAACAAGCGCUGAACCAAUGCAGCGUGGAGGUAUAUCAGAAGAUCGGGACACUCUACCCGGAGAUGGGCGUUCACGAACGUUCCCUGGACUUCCUGAUUGACCUGCUGCACAAAGACCAGCUGGAUGAGACGGUGCAUGUGGCUCCGCUCACCAAGGCCAUCAAAUACUACCAGCACCUGUACAGUAUCCACCUGGCAGAGCAGACAGAAGACUGCACCAUGCAUCUGGCUGAUCACAUCAGGUUUACCCAGAGUGCGUUGGACUGUAUGUGUGUGGAGGUUGGUCGUCUGCGUGCGUUCCUGCACACAGGGCAGGAGAAGACGGACCUGGCCGUGCUGCUGAAGGAUCUAGAGACUUCCUGUUCUGACAUCAGACAGUUCUGUAAGAAGAUCCGCCGACGCAUGCCUGGUACGGACGUACCUGGGAUACCUGCUGCACUCACCUUCUUACAGCAGGUGGCAGAUAUUCUGCUGGACUGUAGGAAACACCUGACCUGGGUGGUGGCUGUGCUGCAGGAGGUGGCGGCUGCAGGGGCGCAGAUGGUUGCCCAUCUAGGGGAGCAGGAGGGACUCUCCGCACUCAAACUAGAGGACGUGGCCUUUAAGGCUGGAGAGCAGAUCUAUGGAACUCAAGGUUCUAACCCCUAUGGGUGCCUGCGCCAGUCCUGCUGCAUCGUCAUAGCAACCAUGAACAAGAUGGCCACCGCCAUGCAGGAGGGAGAGUACGACGCAGAUAGACCCCAGAUCACGACACUUCCUCCGGUGGAGCUGCGUGCCACAGCCCUCAGAGCGGAGAUCACAGACGCAGAAGGACUGGGCAUGAAGCUGGAGGACAGAGACACAGUCAUCAAGGAGCUCAAGAAGUCACUCAAGUUCAAGGGAGAGGAGCUGAGUGAGGCUAGCGUUCGGCUCAGUCUGUUGGAGAAGAAACUCGACAGUUCAUCUAGAGACGCAGACGAGCGCGUAGAGAAGAUCCAGACUCAACUCGACGAGACUCAGACUCUGCUCAAGAAGAAAGAGAAGGAGUUUGAGGAGACCAUGGAUGCGCUGCAGGCUGAUAUCGACCAAUUGGAGUCGGAGAAGGCGGAUCUGAAGCAGCGUCUGAACAGCCAAUCAAAGAUGACCAUGGAUGGGCUGAGAGGAGCGCCAGCGUCGGGAAUCGCCUCCAUUGUUACGGGGAUGACAGGAGAACAGAAAGCGACUAUGGCCAGUAUGGGUCCCGGUAUGGGUCCCGGUAUGGGUCCUGGGUCGGGGGUCCCGGUGAUAGACUCUCCUCUCCUGACGCAGCAGAUUGAGGCUCAGAGACACAGCAUCAAACACCUGAAGAAUGAGAACAACAGACUCAAGGCUGAGAAGAUGCGUGCCCAGCUGUCCUCCCUACCACCUCUCCAUGUCUCCAAGCUCCCCAUUAGAGACGGCUCUCACCCAGAGGUGCUCUCUAGCGCCCUCUAUCGUAAGACUGACCAAUUACUGGACACGUUACUGCAGAUGAGUGCCAACGUCAGAGUGGUGGACAUCACUGGCAAAUCCCCAGUAACUCCUAGUGCCCAGCUGCUGGAACACACAGCCAGACUCCAGUCCCUUAGCAACACUCUGGACAGACUGAAGGAUGAGGUAUCAGAACAUGUGGUGACCCAGAGACCUGGAGCUCGAGCCUUGUCUGACUUUGCAACGUUCCCCUGCUCCUCCUUCGUCAAGGUCCAGGAGGAGAAGAGGGGGGACAUGGUGCUGGUGGGGAAGGUGAUGAUGCCGUGUUCCCGUGGUCAGGAGCAGGUCCACCGUCUCGUCCUAUCACAGUCUCAGCUCCAAAGAGUGCACCGCCUCCUGCUGACAUAGGCUCCACCCACAACCCACCCUGCUGCCAUAGGCUCCACCCACAACCCGCCCUGCUGACAUUCCACCUGCCCUGUUGCUCCUUCCCAUCUGUCUGUCUGAGUUUUUUUUAGGCCAAAGCAUUGGGUUUGUGUUCGUACGCAGACGGUGCUUGACUUGGGCCGUGAGCUCACUGAACUGAGCGCCAGAACCUUAAUAAUCUCUAUUGCCUGAGUUCCAUUCUGCCGUUAUUGCAAAGUUCUGGCACCUGGAUAUAAACGGUAGCAGCACCUAAAAUAAGUACCAGCGUCAAGUCAAGCCCCGUUCAUAUGUACAGUUAGAGUAUUAAUACGCUCACUUCCUCUAGAUCGCUCGUUCACUUCCUCUGUAGAUCAUACUCACUUCCUCUGUAGAUCAUACCACUUCCUCUGUAGAUCAUACUCAUUUCCUCUGUAGAUCAUACUCAUUUCCUCUGUAGAUCAUACUCACUUCCUCUGUAGAUCAUACUCAUUUCCUCUGUAGAUCAUACUCAUUUCCUCUGUAGAUCAUACUCACUUCCUCUGUAGAUCAUACUCACUUCCUCUGUAGAUCAUACUCAUUUCCUCUGUAGAUCAUUUGGUAGAGCAUAGGGCCUGUAACGGCAGGAUAGUGGGUUUGAUUCCUACGACCACCUAUACACAAAAAUGUAUUCAGGCAUGACUGUCAGACACUUUGAAUUAAAGCGUCUGCCAAAUUACAUUACGUAAACACACACAACUACACUGUCUGCUGAGGGUGAUGCUGCCUG